GUAUGAACUCAUCUGACUGAAGUACUCAGCUGAAACAUGAGUGAAUAUUCAAACCAGAGUCAGUCUGGCGCCGAUUAUGAAUGGCAUUAUGAGUAUUAUGAUGACGAGGAGCCCGUGUCCUUCGAGGGACUGAGAGCAAACAGAUACUCUAUUGUGAUUGGUUUCUGGGUCGGACUGGCCGUGUUUGUCAUCUUCAUGUUCUUUGUUUUGACGCUGCUGACCAAAACAGGAGCUCUGCAUCCAGAGAUCCCUGAUCCCAGUGAAAAGCAUCAUGGUCUAGCUGACUGUGUGCUGGAGCUCGGCGGCUCUCAGGCGCUUUCUCUGCCGCCGCUGCCGGACGAAUCACGUUCCCUCUUUCACUUCUACAUUCACGAGGAGACCGUCAGAGACACUGUGAUUGGCCGAGGGAGGUGUUGUGGGCGGGGCCCCGGGCUCCACCUCCAGGGGGCGGCAGAGGACGAGAGAGGUGAUGAAGACGAGCACUUCCUGUCCGACUUCCACAUUCCGAACUUCGUGAGCUCCGAGCAGAACUCCAGCGUCGGCAACGAUGACUUCCUGCCGUGUGAGCCAUCAAUCAUCACAGACAGCCAAUCAGCAGCUCUGAAGAGCUUAGAGCCCGCCCACACUUCCUAUGAUGUCAUCAGACACUAACAGGGACAGUGACUGAUUUUUAAUGAGCUGCUUAUUUUCAAGAAAUGCAAGUUGAUACGAGGAUAUGUGGCUCGUUUUUAUGUUUUAAAGAAAGUGUUUAUGCAGUAGAUUACAUUAGUGAUCAGAACAUUUCUACAAGACUUUCACUAUAAGGUGACUUUAUUUAGAGGUUUCUUUUUUUUAUAAAUUCUUUAUUUUCUUUAUAUAAGAGAUUAU